AUGGCAACACAGGCAAUGGGAGGAGCAGCCGAGGUCCCAGCGGGGAUGGACCUCGGCCCCUUGGGAGAGCGAAUACUAACAGCACUCCUCGCCAUAACAGCAACCCGCCAGCACCAAGAAACGUCGGCCACUCCCCUCUCCUCACGGUUGUCUCUGCCAACGCAAGGCCGUUUCUCGCUUGACUUCCUGGCGGAGGAGAUGGACAACUUGCUCCAACGCCACGGCUGCAAGAACGUCCUCAUCGUGGGAGAUCUAAAUUUCCAUCUCGAGCAGCAAGCUUACAACAACUUAGUGACAGUGUCCGGCCUCACCAACCACGUCACAUUUCAGACCCACGAAAGAGGAGGCCUGCUCGACCCAGUAUUAUCAGACCUCCCGGAAGAAAGAAUAUUGUGUCAGCAGCUGGAUAAAGUGGGUAGUUCGGACCACCACGCCGUACUGACGAAGAUCCAGCUACAUGUGGCGAGGGAAAAAGCUGCACCUCGAACCAUCUGGCUAUGGGAGCAAGCUAGCUGGCGUGACAUGAGGGGCGCACUGACAGCCACAGACUGGCAGACGGUGCUCACGGGAGACGCGGAGGAGAUGACUAACGCUCUCACCUCAAUCCUGGCCACACUACAGGACCGCCACGUCCCUCACCGCACAUACCUCGCCAAGGCCACAAACCCCCAAUGGUUUGGCUUCCGCUGUCAGAUAGCUGCCGAAGCCAAGUAUGCAGCAUGGAGGAGAUACAAGCAGCGCCCGUCACAACACAACCUCACCAUGCACCGAGCUGCUUGUAAGAGAAUGACUGACACCUCCAAGUGGGCGAGGAAACACUGGGAGCAAGACCUCAGGAGAAAGCUCACAGGCCCAGGAGUUGGAGAUAAGACGUGGUGGACACUGGUCAAGGAGAGGCAGGGUGUGAUGCGGCAGGAGAGCGUGCCCCUCACCAGGCAGGACGGAACCACUGCCUCAAGCAGUGAUGACAAGGCUGCACUCCUGGUAAAAUUAUUUGCAGAAAAAAUGCAGGUUGAGUGCCCCACACGCCCCCCUCCAGUGCUACCCCGGGAGACAGCGCACACCAUCACCUCAAUACCCAUCACCACGGAGCUGGUGGAAAAGCACUCGGGCAACUGGACGCAGGGAAAGCCACGGGCCCAGACGGAAUCAGCCCCCGGGCACUACCGACCCAUCUCCCUGCUGUCUGUGAUGGGUAAGGUGUUCGAAAAACUGGUGGCAGCCGUCAUAUGGCAGCACCUGGAUGAACACCAGCUUCUCUCACCCCACCAGUUCGGGUUUCGGCCAGGUCGAUCUACUUCCGAUCUCCUUCUCCUACUCUCCCAGGAAUGGCAGGACACCCUUGACGAAGGCCUGGACACGCUCGUAGUGGCCCUUGAUAUCGCGGGGGCUUAUGACCGAGUGUGGCAUGCGGGUCUUCUGACUAAGCUCCAAGCCAAGGGCAUCGACGGCGGUCUCCUGAAGCUACUCGAGGAUUACCUCCAAGGAAGGACACUUCGAACCGUCGUCAAUGGGCGGACCUCAUCACCCACCAAUAUAGGAGCAGACAAUGGCGGUCAAAAUGCAAGGUGGAAGAGAACCAUCGGCCAGGCUAGUGGGGGGGUGGAGGUCAGGAGGCUGGGGUGGACUGGGGGUGGACUGGGGGUGGAUUCUCAGUCAUUCAGUGUGUCAGGGUGGAGUGGGUGGAGUGGCAAAGACGUAGUGUUUCACCAUGUGUUUCCUCUCUGCGUGUUUGAUCAGGGUGGUGUGAGGCAGCUGGCGAAGGGAGACUCUGUGUACGUGGGUGGAGGUGUGAGGCAGCUGGCGGUACGAGGGAAGGGAGACUCUGUGUACGUGCACGAGUUUGUACGUGAGGGAGGAAGCGAACCAGUGGACCAGUGA